GCGUUGGGAAAAAUGAUUGGAAUUUCCAAGAUUGAAUAAACCAUUACGACAGCAAAGCCCCUGGGCUCUUGCUUUGCUUCGCUUCAUUCAAAGUUUCGUACAGCCCCGGACUUUAAAGAUAGAACAAGAAGAAGAAGGAAAGAAAAAAGCUUUCCCAUGGUGGUGGCCGCCAUUGAAGAACCUUCAUCCUUCAUGGGUUUUCCAUAUUCAAAUCAAUAGCCAAAGACAGAACCGAACCCACAAGCAAAAUUCGUUGAAGAUUAUGAAACACACAAAAAAAAGAAAAAACCCCGUAGAUUUCAUCUUCAUAUAUUAAUAUUUUUAUAUUGAGUAUUAUCACAUUGUUGUAAGGUUUCGUAGAAGUUUUGUCUUAUGUCAAGAAUCAAAUUUCUCUCCUUCAUCAUUCUCCUCACGUUAUCACUUUUUUGAUCAUUUUCCACACCUUUCUUUCUUCUGUUGUUGGCUGUUUGUUUCCUUCAACCCUAGUGUUUUUGGUUUUUGGUUUUGAUGAUCCGCUGGUUCGUUCCUUUUUUUUCGUGUUCUUCUAAGGAAGUUUGUGAAUAAGGACGGAAAUCAAGUUAUCUUCGGUGAGGAUUUUGUGGGGGUGGGGUGGGUCGGUCAUUGAUUAGUAGGGUUUUACCGGGGGAGACGUUGGAAUCAAGCAGAUUUUGUUAGCUCUUCGUGGUUAUUUUGCUGGGGAUUGGUAUUUUCGGUUGAAGGUUGUGGGGGUUGCUGUUGAAUUGAGUAGUUUUGAAGGUUGGUUGAUAAACAAGAACUCUGUAGACGAUAUUAGCCUUUUUUAGGGAUUUUAGAUCAUGGUACUUUUAGCAGUGAAGUAGCAAUUCGAGAUUUCGGAUUUUAGUUAAGGGUUAAGGUUUUUAAUGCUUGGAAUUCUAAAGUUUAGCAGCAACGGCGGAGCGUAAUCUGGAAGAACGGUUGAUUUGACUUUCCUUGCCGUGCCUCCGCCGUAGACGACGGAUUGGUUCAUCACUUUUCUUUGUGAAAAGGAAGGGUUUAAUUUGGCUGCUUAUCUUGUCGGUCUUCAUCCUGUGGCUGAGAUUCUUCGUUGUGGAUAAGAUGAGCUCAAGCGUGACAGAUUCUGGUGCAAACAGCGGCAAGUUGCUGGUUCAUGUUUCUGAGAAUGGACAUUCAUUUCAGCUUGACUGUCACGAGGGUAUGCUGGUUGAGGAUGUGAUGCGUUUGAUUGAGUCGGUCACUGGGAUUAACUGUAAUGAUCAAGUUAUUCUUUCUUUGGAUGUGAGACUUGAAUCGCAGCGACCCCUUUCGGUUUAUAAGCUUCCAGCUGAUGAUCGGGAAGUUUUCUUGUUUGAUCGAACCAGGCUACAAAGCAAUUCGCUUCCGCCUCCACCGGAGCAGAUUGAUAUCCUUGAUCUUGUUGAGCCACCAUCACCUUCUUCUUCUCAAGAUUCCCAUCCUUUAGAUGAUGCAUCAGAUCCUGCUUUGAAGGCUUUGCCUUCUUAUGAGCGUGAGUUUCGUUACCAUUAUCACAAAGCUCAUACGAUAUACAGUAGUACAGUGAUGAAAUAUGAAUGCUGUGAGAGGCUAUUGCGAGAGCAGAAGGUUCAAGAGAGAGCUAUAGAAGUUGCAAGGGGUAAUUUGGAUCAAUACUAUAAAAUGAUUACUCAGAACUACACAGAUUUCAUGAAGCGGUAUUCGCAGCAGCAUCGGGUUCAUUCUGAUUUGUUGAUGAAUUUGGAUAGAGACAUUGAGAAAUUGAGGUCUGUUAAGCUUCAUCCUGCCUUACAAACAGCCAACCGCAAGUGCUUACUGGAUUUUGUAAAGGAAGAUAAUUUGCGGAAAUCAGCAGAAAAUUGCAGCAGUUCGCACAGCCAGUUUGAGAACAAAGUUCUUCAAUUUAAGGACAUAUUCAACGAGGUUAAGCGGAAAGUUGAAGAUUUAUUUUCCAGCAGGGCUUCUUUCUCUAUAAAAAUUUUGGAACUGAAUAUAAAGGAGCAUCAGCGGUAUAUCAACGACCAAAAGAGUAUAAUGCAGUCCUUGAGCAAAGAUGUUGACACUGUAAAGAAACUGGUGGAUGAUUGCUUAUCUUGUCAGUUAUCUUCCUCACUUCGUCCUCAUGAUGCGGUUUCGGCCUUGGGUCCUAUGUAUGACGUCCAUGACAAAAAUCAUCUGCCAAGAAUGCAAGCUUGUGAUCGUGCAGUUUCCAAACUACUUGAUAUUUGUAAGGAUAAAAAGAAUCAAAUGAACAACUUCUUGCACUAUUACAUGCAAAAGAUCGCUUAUAACUCUUACAUCAUCAAGGAUGUCAAAUUACAAUUUCCUGUUUUUAAAGAGGCGAUGGGGCGUCAGGAUGACCUAUUUAUGGACCUAAAGUUAGUGAGAGGGAUUGGUCCAGCCUAUAGAGCUUGUCUUUCUGAAGUUGUGAGAAGGAAAGCUUGCAUGAAGCUUUACAUGGGUAUGGCUGGUCAAAUGGCUGAAAGGCUUGCAAGAAAGAGGGAUGAUGAAGUUAGAAGGCGCGAGAUGUUUCUGACGGAACAUGGUGGAUACUUUCCAAGAGAUGUGAUAGAAUCCAUGGGACUAAAUGAUAUUCCUAACCCGUGUGAUGUCCAUAUAUCUCCUUAUGAUGAAUGUUUGAUUGAUGUUGGUAUCUUAGACCUUGACCGUUAUGCCCCCGAGUAUUUGUUAGGAUUCCCUUGGAAGAACGAGAAGCAAGGAAUCACUAAGGACUCUUCUAUAAAGUCGAUUGGAGCAUUGAGUUCUGUUGAGGCUGAAGAAAGUUCAAAGGAUACCUUUGAGAGUUAUGGGUCUGGUGAGCUUCUUGAAGGUUCUGAGUUAGUAGAGAUUGCUGGAACCAGCAAGUUGGAAGUUGAAAAUGCAAAAUUGAAAGCUGAACUUGCGUCUGCUUUAGCCACCAUAUGUUCAUUUUCUUCUGAAUAUGAUUUAAGUGAUGAUAGCAAACUUGACAGUGUUUUAAAGAAUGCUGCUGAGAAAACAGCUGAAGCCCUGCAUCUUAAAGAUGAAUAUGGAAAACAACUUCAACAAAUGCUUAAAACUAAGCAAAUGCAGUGUGAAUCAUAUGAAAGACGCAUUAAAGAAUUGGAGCAAAGACUGUCAGAUCAGUAUGUGCAGGGGCAAAGUCUCUCUAUUAAUGUUGUGUCUGAUUUUUCAGUUUCGGCUGUAAAGAAUGGUGAUUGCAAGCCACAAAUCUUAGGUGGUCCAGAAGCCCCUGCACUUUGUAUAUCUACUUCAGAGCCAAUGGAUGAGGUUUCUUGCAUCUCAAAUUCACUGGAUGUUAAGCUGGGGCUCUUUGCUGAACAGCCAGGCAGAGUGCGUGAAGCAGUGGAUGAAAAUAUGUUGGAUUCCCGUGGUGAUCAGAAUCCUCAUUUGGAUUCCUCAAUGAUGGAACCAAAUCGUGAAGAAUUUCAAGACAAUGAUAAAUAUGUGAGAGAUAAAGUAGUAGGGCAGAUGGGAAUAUCUCUGACGAACAGUUCCACAGCUGAGAGCAUGCCUCGGUCUCUGAAUGUCUUACCUUGUGAAACUGUAGAAAAUCCCAAUUUGGAAUCUAAUCUUCCAAAUGGCCUUCUGCUGGAGUUGCAAAAUGCGCUUGCAGACAAGACCAUUUUGUUGAGUGAAACUGAAACCAAACUUAAAGGUACUUUGGAGGAGGUUGUCGUACUGAAGAGAGAGUUGGAAGCUAGUAGGAAGCUUCUUGAUGAAUCUCAGAUGAAUUGUGCCCACUUGGAGAAUUGUCUGCAUGAAGCGAGAGAGGAAGCUCAAACUCAUCUUUGUGCAGCUGCUCGUAGGGCUUCAGAGUAUACUGCACUUCGUACGUCGGCUGUGAAGAUGCGGGGCCACGUUGAAAGACUAAAAUCCUAUGUUUUUGCUCCGAACGGAGUGGCUGCUUUUGCUCAUUCAUUACGCACUUUAGCACAAUCUUUAGCCAAUUCUGGCAGUGACAAUGAAAAUGAUGGUACAAAUGAAUUCCGCCAAUGUAUCUGGGCUAUAGCAGAAAGAGUUGGACAUUUGGUCAAACAACACGAGAAAUACGCAAAGCUUGAAGCUACCAACGAACAGCUUGUCAAAGAACUGGAAGAGAAGAAAGAGCUUGUUAAAACUUUGUACACGAAGCAUCAACUCGAGAAACAGGCAAACAAGGAGAAGAUUUCUUUUGGUCGAAUGGAAGUCCAUGAGAUUGCUGCAUUCGUUCGGAAUGCAGCUGGGCAUUAUGAGGCAAUUAAUCGUAAUUGUGCCAACUACUACCUGUCUGCUGAAUCCGUGGCUCUAUUUGCUGACAAUCUCCUAACUCGUUCUAACUACAUUGUUGGGCAGAUUGUCCACAUUGAACACCAAACUGUGAAACCAUCACCGCCUUCUCCUCGGCGUGAUCAUGGUACGGUGGAUCAAACUGAUUGUGUGAUCUCCGACUCGGGGACUGACAGGUUGACCUUGAAUUCAGGUUUAUCUUCGAACCCAUACGGUCUCCCGGUCGGGUGUGAAUAUUUUAUAGUGACCGUAGCGAUGUUACCGGAUACUGCUAUUCAUUCAACAGCUUCCUGAUCCCUGCAAACAACAGAGUCUGACAUGAUGGAAGAUCCCAAGUGUACAUAACAAUAACAUUGAAGAACAAUUGUUGGGAGGUGAACUUUUUUUUAUUUUUCUUUUGUACAAAAUGAUGGUGGAAUGAGUUUUUAACCCCCUCACUUUAUACCCAUCUCUCUAUGUAAAUAUUUUAAAACACUUCAGUGUUGAAAACUGUGAAUAUUAUUGCCAUCUACCCUUCUAGUUUGACUCUA